AUGAAAUUGACAUCAGCUACAGCGGCAACAAUACUUGCCUUCACCUUGGCCCAGGUUGGCGCCCUCCCUUCUCUCCAAGCCAGCGACGGAUCCGUCGUCGGGGCCCAACCCCCUCGUACUGAUAUUCCCAUUUACUAUGUCGAGGAAGCGGAGUUAGAGAAGCGCGACUCAGAAGGUCAACAUCACGGGCAACACGGUGGUGGAGGCCAUGGCGAACACAAGUGGAAAGGCAUGGGCCAAGGAAAAGGCAAGUCCCAACACGGACCAAUGCCAGACGACGAGUCUAUCGACCUGACCCCUUUAUUCGGACAUCCCGACCCAGAAGUCCAGCAAAUCGCUCGCCGUGCCGUCCAGGCCACCAAAUUCCACUGGUGGCAACAACAAGGUAACACCGGCAAGUUCAUGAAUAUCGUAGUGGGAAACCCUGACGUUCGCCCGCUCGCCAAUGUCAAGGAGCAGGAUCUGGAACCUAAGGAGUUCAAGAAGCGCGACCCUGACAUGCCUACCGAUGCUGACGGCGGCUCUGACUCUCAGCAUGCAAAAGGCAAGUGGAUGGGCAACGAACACGACGGUGGGCAGGACAAGCAUCCUCAAGGUAGUGGAGCAGAUGGCGAAUGGAGGCAAUGGGGACAGAAUCGUGGCCAUGGACCCAUGUCGGAUGAUGAGGCAUAG